UAGAAAACAUGCCAAUCUUGUUGAGGCAAAAGGUUUGGAGUCUGCCCACUGGGUGGAGGAGAAAUGGUUGACCCACCCCUUUGCAGUCCUAAAGCAUGUGCAAUUGAUGCCUGGAGAAGUCAUGGGCCACAUCCCAACAUACGCGGCUGGUGUACUGACCUUUUUCUUUUCUUCUGUUUUCUUUAGUCUUGAUAACAGUCGACCACCUCAGCCUCCUUCCCUUUUUUUCUUUCCUCUUCCUUCUGUGCUGUGUCUUACUUUCGUUCAGUCCUAACUCAUCUGUUCCUGACCCUGGUCUUCCUUAUUUCUCUCCCUAAAUCUCCUAGUGAUGAAUUACUACCUGAUGCUCAGCAACAGUCAUGGAGAAGGUGUUCUGUCUCGGUACCAGAGCUUGCGUCUAGAGGGUCGAAUGUGUGAUGUUGUUUUGGAGGCAGAAGGUGUGGAGUUCCCUGCUCAUCGGACAUUGUUAGCCUGUUCCAGUGACUACUUCUGGUCUGUGUUUAAGGACUACAAUCUGGAAUCUGGUGCCCACACUAUCAGCUUGCCAGCCUUGUCAUCUCUGGGACUUGAGCAGAUACUGGACUUCGUCUACACCUCAUGGAUCUCACUGUCACCCUCUACUUUGGAGGUCACAUUACAGGCUGCCUGCUAUCUACAGAUCACCCAUGCUGUGGAGCUUUGCACUCAGUACAUCUCAGAAAGCAUUGCUCCUGACAACUGUUGCUUUUUUGCUAACAUAGCAGCUCGCUAUGGCCUUUCUGACGCAUUCAAUAACAGCAACUCUUUUAUUGGCAGUAAUAUGUGCAGGAUACUUGCAUCUGAGGAGCACAAGGCUGAGAUAAUGGAGUUAAACAUUGAUUCUCUGCAAGAGGUGCUCAUAGCUGAGGAGAUGCCAGGAGUGAAGGAGAUAGAUCUUCUGCAGCUGGCUUUGGACUGGCUAGAGUGCAACCCACAAUCUGCCCUGCACAGUAAUGCAUUGCUGAGUCGGAUCCGAUUUGGUUUGAUUCCACCUAAAGAGCUGUCUCAACUCAGUGCACUUAAACCUGCUCUACGUACACCUUUCAUCCAAAGCGUAGUGCAGAAAGCACUUAACUACCACCUUCAGGGUCCCCUAAAACCUCUACUACAAAGUGUCCACACAAGCCUGAGAGCCACAAAGAGCAAGAUUCUUCUGGUGGGAGGAGGACCAGAGGCAAACAGACCCCAGAAUCAGAUCCUAGCCUACGAACCUCACAGUAAGAAAUUCCAGCCACUCUCAGCAUCCCUUCCAAAUAAGCUACAGCACCAGGGAGUAUGCGUUGUUGGGAACUUCCUAUUUGUACUAGGUGGUGAGGUGGUGCAGGUGGAUGAGGAGAAUGAGAAGAGUGCUGUGAUGACUGUUACUAACCAGGUGUGGCGCUAUGACCCACGGUUUGGGCAGUGGGAGGAGAUGGAACCACUCUUGCAGAAGAGGGCACAGUUUGCCUGCUGUGUGGUGGAAGGUGUUAUCUUUGCUAUUGGCGGAGGCGGCCAGAGGGGUGAGCCUGCUUUGUCAUCUGUAGAAAUGUACAAUAUGAGUGAAGGGUGCUGGCACAGUGCUGUAUCCCUACCGUAUUCAGUUCAUGGGCAUGCCUGCACCACUAUUGGAACAGGAAUCUACAUCUCAGGUGGCAUCCAUGUCAACAGCACAGAGAGCAGCAAAGAAGUGCUGUUCCUGAAUGCCUUUGAAGGGGAUGCCUGGCAGAGACGUUCUAACAUGUCUAUAGCCAGAUUUGGCCACCAGAUGGCAACAGUGAGGGGAAGAAUUUACACCUUUUUGGGAAUGUACGAGCACUUCUGUGACAUUGAACGCUACAGUCCUGAGCAAGACCUGUGGACCCGUCUGAAGCCCCUACUGAAUGAUCGCUUCUGCUAUGGUUUGACCACAACAGAGGGCAGACGUGUGCUUAUGUUCGGAGGCAGGAAAUGGCAGGAAGGACAGGAGGUGUGUACAACAAAUGUGCUGGAGUACGAUACAGAAUAUGAUGCCUGGAGGGAAGUGUGUAAACUACCAGGGCCCUUGUGUGGGAUACAAUGUGCCAUUAUGACUCUUCAAGACCCUCCGGAGACCUAAAAGUCAAUCAAAAACACCAUCCCACAUACACACAGACAAACAGAUGGCUGUCUGGGGAAGAGAGAGUUGAAGGACAGGGGUUAUCUUUGUGUCAUGGAUCCGUGACCUGUAAAGUGGCAGGGAAAACAGGAUUUCUAUAUACCCAGAUACAGAAGAUUUUGCAUGGGGUAAAAUGCUGUUAAGUGCUUUAAAGCAAACAGUAAGGUGCUCCUGAAACUAGGUCACUAUGAAUAGAGUAGAGAAAAGCAUGACAUUGAUAGAUGACUUGUCAUAAAGACGUUGUCCCGGGAAAUGGCAAAGAUCCUCUAAGGACACUGGAGGAAAGGACAGAAUGAAGGAUGGAAUUACAGACCACUGCACACUCUGGUCACUGAGUCUUGAAAAGCCUAAAAAAAGGACAGUUUGGACAAGAUUUGACUUUUUGGCACUGCGUGAAGAUCAAAGGUGACAGUCAUAAUGUCUUAUGACGGAGAGACAGCUGUCCUGAAUGUUGGAUUCAGACUGUGAAAGGAGGCUAAACUCACAGACGCUUAACGAGAAAGACAAAUUAGAUCAUUGAUUUAGAAGGGUAUAAGAGAAGUCGAAGUGGACAAGGACAAGUAUCAAGAUCACUGAGUGUGUGUGGGAUGCAGAUGAGCCAAAGGAGGAUGAGGAUAUUUUUAGUGAGCAAUGAUCAACAAAAACUGCACAGUCACACCUAUAUCUGAAAGCUCAGAUAAGUCAGGCUAUGCAUGGAAAUCUAGAUUACUCAUUACAGAUAAUAGAGUGGAAUUAGAAUAUCGAUAUUAAUUGAAGUGAACUGCAAAGAGUGAGAUACACAUCAGCAACAAUAACUAGGCUGGCAUAAAUAUUGAAACUUAAUCAUAUACUUCAUAAUAUAUCAUUUUAAACCUUGUAGCAAUCUUUUCUGGGUUAUAUAAAAGCAAGUAACCUUGAGAUUGUAAAAUGUACAUUGUUGACAUGAUUCAGCAAAUGAAUUGAUGCAAAUAAGAAUCUAAGAAAAGCAUAAAUAAAAGAUUUGACUACAUAACA